AUGAAGGGUGGAAAGAUCGCACAAACGGUAGAAGGCUUCAAAUUCGACCCUUCCUUGAAUUAAGCCGAGUCAUCUUCUACUUUGGGUUUUUAGUUGAGAUUGAACUUCUUGAUGAACGUAGAAGAAGAUCAUGUGAGAGUGAAUCUGCUUCUAGAUGAAACCAUGUUUAAUAUACUGAUGAAUUUAGAUUUACUACAUUUAUUACUGUAAAAAAGGUUUGACUAAGGUAGUGGUGGAGUAAGUUCUACUACUACAACUCUGUUGAUUGAGAUUGAGCCUAGUGAUUCGAUGGUGAAAGGUUUGAUGAGAUGUUCUGCUUCUAGUUCUGCUAGCGUCGUGAUUCGUUUUGAAGAUACAAACCUCUUCAUCAAUCUAAUGGAUAGUGAAAGGCUUAAGGUUGUCCUGCGUGAUUGAUCGAGAACCGUUCAAACGAAAACUGGAGUCUUUGCGCAAGUUUCUUGGUAAUGGCCAUCGAGUACAAUUGCAAUUAAGCUUUGCACCAACGUCAGAUGAAGUGAACUACCGAGACCCCAAUGACGUGAAUCCAGUACCGAGACAGCAUCGAGAGUUCGAAAGACAGCGGAAAGGGAAUAAACCGAAUGGGUUUCGCAUGAUGAUAUUAUGAAAGGGAACGAGUUGUAUUUUUUCUAAGUACAACGACCAAAAGAUUGACCACGAGUUCUUGCUAUUUAGUUGUGGAUCAUGAGCAUGAUACAGAUACUUCAUGGAUCAUUAUGUGAUCAACACAAGGUCGUGGAAAUAUACAUAGCUGCUUCAAUAUAGUAAGUACAUAGCUGCUGCGCUAAGGGUGAGAAGUAGAACAAGCUGCAAUGUAGUCCUAGUAGUCCUCUUCUAAUUCCCGAGUUAACUCGGAGAAUUCUAGGCGAAGUGAGGGACCUAGCGCGCCUUGGACCAGACCUUCCCAGUCCAGAGAGUGUGGAAGUUCACCGAAUCACCGCCUUCGUAAACCUGUGGCCAGGAGUGACGAAGAGGGAGCUUACCUCUGAAGAGGAAAUAGCUGACCUGUUGCGGAAAAACAUGGUCUACUCCAAAGGUGGGGUGAUGAGGCAGUACACCAAGAGAGACCGUACCUUUGAUGCGGUGCGGUUAGGGGCGGUAGGAGGCUAUAUUAGAGUUACGGCCUCUAAUUUUACAUUCAUUUCGGAGUGCCUAAACCCUAAUUUUACAUUCAUUUCGGAGCAAUUCAAAUUGUGUGACGAGGCUGUGGUUCCUACAUCAAGUAUAUAUUUUUAGCCCGCUCAAUAUCUCUCGUUCUCGUUCCUUCUAGGUACGUAUACCGUUUUAUAUAUAUAAUGUAAAAUAAAUGCCGUAUUUUUAUGCCGUUAAUCUUAAUUUAAGGUACAACUUCUGUACUGUAAAAAUGAUUUCCAACUUCUCCAUCUAAUCCGAGAGAAGGCGGAAUGGACGAAGGGAAAAGGAGAGGACAGUCCAAACGCGAUUCGAUGGCUGCUGCUUUAUUUGGAUCAUCUGGCAUUUGUGACAACACUGGAAGAGGUGACGGAGGUGAGCAUUACGAGUGAUGGAGAUGAGCAGCACAAAGUGGAGAAAUAUUCUUGCGGUGGAUGAUGACCUCUAAGUUCACACUUUGGUGUUUUUCCUCUUUUUUGUUCAUUUCCUAGUUGGGUUGGCUCCACCGCGCACUAUUAAUAGAAGUAAGGAGAUCUUGUUAGACCUGGGAUGGAGAUGAGCAUCAUGAGGAUUAUAACUAAGGAGGUCACGACCACCAUGCUCGACCAUGAGCUCGUAAAGAACUAAUAUUACAGUAGAAUUAGUUGUCCUUGUCUAAUGAUGUGACUGUAUCCAAGGAACUACUAAUGAUCUCUAGUUGGUUCUCCUGAACACGGAACAAUUGAGAUGAUGAACACGGAACAAACGCAUGACGUUAGAAGAGGGAUAGAGGGCGAGGAGGGCGGGAUUGUCGGAGCCACGUGCCACCUUCAUAAUGUUGAGUAGGAAACUCAUAAUGUCUUAACGCACUGUUCGUGACGUUGCUGCUGACCACCUACUAUGGUCGUAUUCUAACUCGUCUAAGCAUGUUAACGAUGACGAGCAGGUUACUUUUGCUAUGAGAACCUCCAUGAACAAUUAAUUUGUCAAGGUCUGUCUUCUGGUGCCGGUAGAAUAGACGGGGACCUGCUGAACUGAAAGAUG